UUCAAUAGCAACGGAAGUUCGAUAUGGGACCUAUGGGACUACAAAUGGAAGCCGUAAUAAUUGUGAUAAUAGAUUAUGACUUCAGACGAGUGAAUCAUUAGCGAGUUCAGGACGUACGCAUUAGAUGUUCACAAUUUAAGUAACAAGUAAUGAGUAACAUCUACAUACAAGAACCACCAACUAAUGGGAAGGUGUUGCUGAAAACAACAGUUGGUGACAUAGAAUUAGAACUAUGGUCAAAGGAAACACCUAAAGCAUGCCGGAAUUUUGUGCAGUUAUGCAUGGAGGGGUACUACAAUGGCACAUUAUUCCACAGGGUUGUGAAGGGUUUCAUUGUCCAGGGUGGAGACCCGACUGGCACUGGCACAGGAGGAGAAUCUGUUUAUGGACAUCCAUUCAAGGAUGAGUUUCAUUCCCGCUUACGGUUUAACAGACGAGGUCUCCUGGCCAUGGCAAACGCGGGACAGGAUGACAAUGCGUCACAGUUUUUCUUCACGCUGGGUCCAACUCCAGAGCUGCAGAACAAGCAUACAAUUUUUGGGAAAGUCACUGGUGAGACAAUUUUCAACAUGUUGAAACUGGAGGAUGUGCUUGUUGAUAAGGAAGAAAAACCACUGUAUCCACAGAAGAUAAUAAAAGUAGAAAUUCUGUAUAAUCCUUUUCCUGAUAUUGUACCAAGGACACGCCCUGAAGCAAGAGAAGAUAAAGUGGGGAAAAGCAAAAAGGAGAAGAAGGCUGGAGUCAAAAAUUUUAAGUUAUUGUCUUUUGGCGAAGAAGCAGAGGAAGAUGAAGAGGAAAGCAGUGUAGCAAGUAGGAAAUAUUCUGGGCGCAGCAAAUCAACACAUGAUAUUCUAAAUGAUCCCUGCCUCAGUGCAGUCCCAGCUGUUGAAACAGCAGAGAAAAUGAAGGAAGGUUAUAAGCGGGAAUUAGAUUUGAGUGACAGUGACCUUGCCCUUAGUGGGGAUGAAGCUAUGCUUGCAGGAAGCAACGGGACUCACAGAGAAAGUGAUGAGGUAAGCAAAAUAAAGAAGAAACUGAAAACUGAUAGAGAUACUGGCUUACAACCAUCAGUUUCCAAGAAAUCACAGGAUGAAGAAAGAGAAAAGGAGGUUUCUGAAGGGAAUAAGGGUCACAGUGAAAUGAGACGAAGAGCCAGAGAUGACAUCCGAAAAGAGAUACGAGACCUGAAACAGGAAAUACAGAAUGACAAGAAGAAGAAGCAGGAGAAGGAGAAGAAGGAACAGGAAGAAAAAAUGGCACAAAGAAAUGUAGUAGCAAGAAAUGAGACAAUUGAGGCUUACAAACAGGUACAAGAAAAAUAUAAGCAGCUGAAGAGUCAGAUAUCCAAGAAAGGUCCUGCAAGAGAGGAUUUUACAUUGGCAUUAAUGGCCAAGUUUCAAAGGAAGUUGUCAUCUGCGAGAGAGAGCGCCGAGGAGAAGUCAGGUGAUAAAGCAAAUCAGCCCUCCCCCAACUCAGAGGACAAGACUAAAGAUGAAGAUGAUGAUUGGCUAACACACAAACUGAGUUUUGAAGCAAAUGCACCUGUACUUGCUAAAGAUGCAAGUACCAAAACUGAUGAUUGGUUUGAAAUCUAUGACCCAAGAAAUCCCAUAAAUAAAAGAAGAAGAGAAGCAAGUAAAGAUAUUAUGAAAACCAGAGAGAAGCAUUGAAAGGAACCCUUAUCUUGUUUGCAGAUGUCAACUUCUAAUGUGCAAUCCUUAACAAACCAUGUAAAAGAAGCAAAGCAGUGCUGCCCGAACCUCAGAGGAUGGCAAAUAACACCUUUAACUCCCGUUUUGAAGAGGCACAGAGACACAAACCUCAGUGGUUCAAGAUUUUAAAUAUUAAGAACAUUAAUAAUUUAUUUUUAACUUAAGCACCUUUUAGCUUAAUUAAAAAUCUUUAUACAAAAGUUCAGGUAUAUGUACUAUGACCUAUGUAAUAGUAGUUCCUUAAGAUGUUGUUAUUGCCUUCUGAAGAUGGUCACAAUUGACCAAAACAUAUAAAGGCAUUAUGUAAAUAUAUACUGAGUCACGCUGGACGGUGUUGUCAAAUCAUUCUAUAAUAAUUAACUAGUGUGAAUAAAAUUAAACUUGUCCUUCAUUUAAUUUGAUGUAGCCUGAGCUGUUGAGAAUGCUGUUACAUAAAAUAAACCAUUUAAUAUAUCAUUUGGAUUUCCCUAGGAGCCGGGAUAGCACAGUCGGUAUAGUGACUUGCUAUGGCCUGGAUGGCUGAGGGGUCAGAGUUUGAGUCCCGGUAGGGUCAAAAAUUUUCUCUCCUCCAUGUCAGCCAGACCUCAUCUGGGGCCCAUGCAGCCUCCUAUCCAGUGGGUACCAGGGCUCUUUCCCCGGGGUUAAAGCGGCCGUGGCGUGGAGCUACCC